UGUGACAUCCACUAGGCAGAUGUUGGUAUUUCAAUUAAAAUUAAUUAGAACUAAAAGUUCAGUUCAUAUUUUCAGUGCUAAAUAGCCAUGUAGGGAUAGUGGCUACCAUAUUGGACCAUGCAGAAACAAAACAUUUUAUCUGUCUUCACAGAAAGUUCCUUUGGAUAGUACAACUCAAGAGUGUACCACAGGUAUAUGUCUGUGUGUGCUCUCAAUGAUCAUAGGCUAGAAUGAACAAGCAAACCAAGCACAGAGUUUUGAUAUGGUUUACUAGAUUUACCGUCUAGCAUGAGAGACAGUUUUAAAUAAACAGUGAAAACCAGGGACAUCUGAUACCUGUAAUAAAAGGACCUUGUUGCACAGUGUCUUAAGAGCUCAGCUGCAAGCCAAAAGGUCAGCAGUUUGAAUCCACCAGCUGCUUCUUAAAAACCCUCUGAGGCAGUUUUACUCUGUCCUGUUGGAUCACUAUUAGUCAGAAUUGACUUGAUGGCAGCUGGUUUGGUUUUUUUGGUUUUAACCAGAGAGUCAAUUUAAACUCUGUGAAAAGGAAAAUUAUUUACGUGAAGAUUCAGAAAAUUCUUUUAUUUAGCUACAUGCAUAGUUGUGUAGGGCUGAUAGCAUGUGGUAUGGGUGGUAGUGGAAAGAGUAUUUCCAUUGGGAAAAAUGAGUGUGUAAAUCCCUGAGGCAGCAGAGAAUCCAGUAUCAUUCAUUCCUUGAUGAAAGAGAUGAUUGAAGCAGAGAAAACAAAGUGUACAUGGGGAUUUGUGUGAGCCAGAUUGGAGGAGGCAAUGGCAGCAGGUCGUUUAGAAGUAUGCUGACUACUCCGGGCUUUUAGAAGGCCAGUGGACAGCCACUGACUGGCAUUAAGCAGUUCCUGUGCUGCAAAUAGAUUUUGUAAAUGACAAUUACGAUUAAAUGAUGAAAUGCUGGACAGAAGCUUGCUAUGAACAAAUUAAGAAAGACUGAGGAAGCCUAGACGUGAAGAUUGGUUGUGGAUCAGGAAGAUACUGCAAUAAUACAAGGUAAAUGUAGGUAGUUGAAAGGGCUUUCCUUUAUAGAAGGCUCAUUCUUUAAGUUACAGGCUAUAGAGAUCAGUGAAUGCUUCUUAUACUUGAAUGUCAGGUUUGAUAACCUGGUAAUCUUGUUAAAAUGUGUAAAACGCGGGUUUUGAUUAAGAAAUUCUGGGUAGGGCUUGAACAAUCUCCUAGUUAAUGCUGGGAACAAUAAGAAAUAAGGAUGUGGAUGAAAAUUAGACAGCGCUAUUAGGGAAAAUAACAAAAGAAAAGCCAGAAAACCAAACCCGUUGCUAUUGAGUUGAUUCCAACUCGUAGCGACCCUAUAGGACAGAAUAGAACUGCCCCAUAGGGUUUCCAAGGAGUGGCUGUUGGAUUUGAACUGCUGACCUUUUCGUUAGCAGCUGAGUUCUUAGCCCCUGUGCCACCAGGGCUCCAACAAAAGAGAGGAUAAUGCUUAAAGGGAAAACACUGGUAUAAAGAUCAUGCAAGCGAGAGAGAGAGAACAUUUACACUGAGACCAAGAGCUGAAAGACUAGGAGUCAGCUUGGAGGGGAAGCAGGAUAGCAGGGUGCAAAGGGAACAGAGGCAAGGAAAUGGCUCCUUAGAGAAAACUUAGUGACUUUCUGAUGUAUUUUAUCAUUGAUUUAUUAUAAGGCUGAAAGACAAAGUGUUGAGGAAUCCUCCCAGAUUUCUCAAAAGCUUAGGGACUGCUGGUGUGAUGGUUUGAGAAUGAGGCAAAAAAAAAAGGGGGGGGGAGUGAAAUGUUAAUUACAACAGGAAAAGUACCAGUCACAUAUACCUUCUUUCACCAACUUAAACGGUGGCUAUACACAUGGGCCUCGCCAGAUGGAACACACAGAAAUCAAAUUGACUACGUCUGUGGAAAGAGACAAUGGAAAAGCUCAAUAUCAUCAGUCAGAAUGAGGCCAGAGGCCGACUGUAGAACAGACCAUCAAUUGCUCAUAUGCAAGUUCAAGCUGAAACUGAAGAAAAUCAGAGCAAGUCCACGAGAGCCAAAAUAUGACCUUGAGUAUAUCCCACCUGAAUUUAGAGACUAUCUCAAGAAUAGAUUUGACGCAUUAAACACUAGGGAUCGCAGACCAGAUGAGUUGUGGAAUGACAUCAAGGACAUCAUCCAUGAAGAAAGCAAGAGGUCCCUGAAAAGACAGAAAAGAAAGAAAAGACCAAGAUGGAUGUCAGAGGAGACUCUGAAACUUGGUCAUGAAUGUUGGGCAGCUAAAGCAAAAGGAAGAAUUGAUGAAGUAAAAGAACUGAACAGAAGAUGUCAAAGGGCCUCUCCAGAAAACAAAGUAUUAUAAUGACGUGUGUAAAGAGCUGGAGAUGGAAAACCAAAAGGGAAGAACACGCUCAGCGUUUCUCAAGCUGAAAGAACUGAAGAAAAAAUUCAAGCCUCAAGUUGCAGUAGUGAAGGUUUCCAUGGGGAAAAUAUUAAACAGGGCAGGAAGCAUCAAAAGAAGAUGAAAGGAAUACACAGAGUCAUUAUACCAAAAAGAAUUAGUAGAUAUUCAACCAUUUGAGGUGGCAUAUGAUCAGGAACUGAUGGUAUUGAAGGAAGAAGUCCAAGCUGCUCUGGAGGCAUUGACAAAAACAAGGCUCCAGGAAUUGAUGGAAUAUCAAUUGAGAUGUUUCAACAAACAGAUGCAGGGCUGGAGGUGCUCACUCGUCUAUACCAAGAAAUAUGGAAGACAGCUUCCUGGCCAACUGACUGGAAGAGAUCCAUAUUUCUGCCUAUUCCCAAGACAGGUGAUCCAACCGAAUAUGGGAAUUAUAGAACAAUAUCAUUAAUAUCACACGCAAGCAAAAUUUUGCUGAAGAUCAUUCAAAAAUGGCUGUAGCAGUAUAUCGACAGGGAACUGCCAGAAAUUCAGGCCAGCUUCAGAAGAAGACGUGGAACCAGGGAUAUCAUUGCUGAUGUCAGAUGGAUCCUGGCUGAAAGCAGAGAAUACCAGGAGGAUGUUUACCUGUGUUUUAUUGAUUAUGCAAAGGCAUUAGACUGUGUGGAUCAUAACAAACUAUGGAUAACAUUGCAAAGAACGGGAAUUCCAGAACACUUAAUUGUGCUCGUGAGGAACUUUACAUAGAUCAAGAGGCCGUUGUUCAGAUAGAUCAAGGGGAUACUGAUUGGUUUAAAGUCAGGAAAGGUGUGCAUCAGGGUUGUAUUCUUUCACCAUACCUAUUCUGUAUGCUGAACAAAUAAUCCCAGAAGCUGGGCUAUAUGAAGAAGAACGGGGCAUCAGGAUUGGAGGAAGACUCGUUAACAACCUGCAUUAUGCAGAUGACACAGCCUUUCUUGCUGAAAGUGAAGAGGACUCGAAGCACUUACUAAUGAAGAUCAAAGACCACAGUCUUCAGUAUGGAUUACAUCUUAACAUAAAGAAAACAAAAAUCCUCACAACUGGGCCAAUGAGCAACAUCAUGAUAAACGGAGAAAAGGUUGAAGUUGUGAAGAAUUUCAUUUUACUUGGAUCCACAAUCAACAGCCAUGGAAGCAGCAGUCAAGAAAUCAAAAGAUGCAUUGCAUUGGGUAAAUCUGCUGCAAAGGAUCUCUUCAAGGUGUUGAAGAGCAAAGAUGUCACCCUGAAGACUAAGGUGUGCCUGACCCAAGCCAUGGUAUUUUCAAUCACAUCAUACGCAUGUGAAAGCUGGACAAUGAAUAAGGAAGACCGAAGAAGAGUUGACGCCUUUGAAUUGUGGUGUUGGCGAAGAAUAUUGAAUAUACCAUGGACUGCCAAAAGAACGAACAAAUCUGUCUUGAAAGAAGUGUGGCCAGAAUGCUCCUUAGAGGCAAGGAUGGCGAGACUGCGUCUUACAUACUUCGGACAUGUUGUCAGGAAGGAUUAGUCCCUGGAGAAGGACAUCAUGCUUGGCAGAGUACAGGGUCAGUGGAAAAGAGGAAGACCCUUAACGAGGUGGAUUGACACAGUGGCUGCAACAAUGAGCUCAAGCAUAACAAUGAUUGUAAGGAUGGCGCAGGACUGGGCAGUGUUUUGUUCUGUUGUGCAUAGGGUCACUAUGAGUCGGAACCGACUCGACAGCACCUAACAGCAACAUAAAAAAAAAAAAAAAAAAACUUAAAAAGCAAAAUAUAAGUGUUUUAACUACAUACAGUUAAACAUGAAUGAAGCAUGAUGAGUUCAUUGCCAAAACUUGAAAAAUAUAUUCUUCCUGAAAAUUCGCCCAUGUUAAUAUCCAGUAACAGUGCACGUGUUGAUGUAUAGGGGACAAAGUUACAUAGGUGAACUCACAACUUCAACACUGGAUCUCUGACUUCCUGCAGAAAAUCAGGCUCAAGUUUUCCAUCCUGACCAGGCGUCUCAAUCUCUAGGAUGAAUAAAUUCCUUCCAUCUGUGAUCUUGUUGCCAGAAAGAAGAUCCCAUGGAGCUGCUUGAAGAAUGCAGGUCUCAAGUGUGGUGCAGGAAGAGCUGGUCCAGUCCAGGCAGCUGGGGACCUAGGGUGGCCGUCUUGAACAUCUGCAAAUGACAAGUAGAAUUUCAGCAGCGCUGACUGGUGUGCAGACCAAACAUUAUUCAUCUGCUUCCAAACUGCUGGCUGCUCUGCUUCCACCCCCAUCCUCUUAUUGAAGUGAAUAUUUGGGCUUAGUGGCAACGUUCUGUCAGACUUCCAGAAGCUGCAGCAAGGAAAUGGAUUCAGUGGUCAUUGAGGAUGUGGCUGUGGUCUUUAGCCAGGAAGAAUGGUCUUUGCUGGAUUGUGCUCAGAGGAAGCUCUACAGAGAUGUGAUGAUGGAAACCUUCAGAAACCUGGCCUCAGUAGUAUCUCAAAACCUUAAUAAUGGAGAAACGUUAUUCAGGGAACAUGUAAUGGUGAGACUCAUGAAGAAGAACACCUGGUCCUCCAUAUUAGGAGAAAUCUCUGAAUUGUAUGGCAAUAAAGAUCAGCAUAAAGACCAGAAGAGACAUUUGAGAAGUCAUAUAGUAGAGAAUCCCUGUAAAAGUGAUAAAGGCAAUCGGUGUGGGAAAACAUUCAGCCGGAUUCCAAAUCAAACUGUGCUAAAGAAAAAUCCUCCAGAAGUAAAUCUUUUUGAAUGCUCUGGGUGUGGAAAAGCCUUCAUGGAUCACUCAUCACAUAAUAAUCAUGCCAGUUCUCACCGUGGAUGCAAUACCUGUCAACGUAAGGAAUGUGGAGAAGCCUGCAGCUUUCCCUCUCCCCUAACCACUCCUAUGAGAACUCUUACUGGAAGGAAACUCCAUAAAUGUGGGAAGGACUUUAUCUGUAUCUCAACGCUUAAGAAUUCUAUAACAACACUCAUUGGUGAGAAAUGCUGUCACUGUAAUGAGUGUAGGAAAGAUUUCUGUAUUUCCUCCUCCCUUUGGACACAAGUGAGAAGUCAUAAGCGUGAAUGUAAAGAAUGUUGUAAAACUUAUAGCCCUUCAUCCCUCAUUUUACAUAAAUCUCAUAACAGAGACAUGCAUUAUGACUGUCAGGAAUGUGGGAAGACCUUUAAUGAGGUCUCAUCCAUCACUCAGUAUAUAAGAACUCACAGUGGAAAGAGGCCUUAUGAAUGUAAGGAAUGUGGAAAAGCCUUUAGGCGAGCCUCACACUUAACUAAACAUAAAAGAACUCACAGUGGAGAGAGGCCUUAUAAAUGUAAGGAAUGUGGAAAAGCCUUUAGUUGUUCCUCAGUCCUCACUACACAUAUAAGAACCCACACUGGAGAUAAGCCCUAUGAAUGUAAGGAAUGUGGAAAAGCCUUUAGGUGUUCCUCAGGCCUCAUUACACACAUAAGAAUUCACACUGGAGAGAGGCCCUAUAAGUGCAAGGAAUGUGGGAAAGCCUUUGGGCGAGCCUCCCACCUCACUAAACAUACAAGAAGUCACAGUGGAGAGAAGCCUUAUGAAUGUAAGGAAUGUGGGAAAGCCUUUAGUUCUUCCUCAGGCCUCACUACACAUAUAAGAAUUCACACCGGAGAUAGGCCAUAUAAAUGUAAGGAAUGUGGGAAAGCCUUUAGGCGAGCAUCACACCUCACUAAACAUAUGAGAACUCACAGUGGAGAGAGGCCUUAUGAAUGUAAGGAAUGUGGGAAAGCCUUCAGUUGUUCCUCAAUCCUCACUAGACAUGUAAGAACUCACAGUGUAGUAAAGCCUUGUGAAUGUAAGGAAUGUGGAAAAGGCUUCAGUUGUUCCUCAGUCCUCACUGCCCAUAUAAGAACUCACACUGGAGAGAGGCCCUGUGAAUGUAAGGAAUGUGGGAAAGCCUAUCGGCAAGUCUCACACCUCAUUAAACAUAUAAGAAGAACUCAUAGUGGAGAGAGGCCCCAUGAAUGUAAGGAAUGUGGGAAAACGUUUAGUGAUUCCUCAGACCUCAGUAGACAUAUAAGAACUCACAGUGGAGAGAGACCUUAUGUAUGUAAAGAAUGUGGGAAAACAUUUACUCAUUCCUCCUAUCUCUCUGAACAUGUAAGAACUCACAGUGGAGAGAAGCCUUUUGAAUGUGAGGAAUGUGGGAAAGCCUUUAGUAAUUCUUCACACCUCACUAGACAUACAACAACUCACAGUGGCAAAAGACCUUAUGAAUGUAAGGAAUGUGGAAAAGCCUUUAGUCAUUCCUCCUAUCUCUCUGGACACCUAAGAACUCACAGUGGAGAGAAGCCUUUUGAAUGUCAAGAAUGUGGGAAAGCCUUUAGUCGUUCCUCACACCUCAUUUCACACAUAAGAAGAACUCACAGUGGAAAGACUACCCUUUGUCAAAAGUGGGAUGUUUCAUCCUUACUGCUAUAAUUUCGUACAGCAAAUUGCUGAAAGUCUUAAUUAAAGAACAGAGUUUCUCAGUGAGUAAGAAACCAAUACUAACUCAAAGAAAGAGUCAUCAGAGCUACUUUUUGCCUUUGUGUGAAAUGAUAGUUCAUCGUAACUACUACUGCCCUCAUCAGUGUUUGUUACUUUCUCAGUCCAAGCUAAAUUUUAUCUUUCUUAAAGUCUUCAGUUAUUACGAAUAAGGCUACAGGGAAUAGCCUUAAGUAAAUUUGGUUUUAUAUUUCUUAAUGUUUUAUUGAUGUUAUUUUGCUUACAGUAAAAUAAACUGAUCUUGUAUUUGGUUUAAGGGUGUUUUGUUUCCCUAUUUAUUGCAUUUCUUUCCAUUGUUUCCUAUUGGAAAGUUAACUGUUUUACCCUUUAUAGUUAGUAAUUUUCUAAUAGAUUGAUACUUUGAGAAAAAGGUGGUUUUUCGUGGUACUUUGGUCUACUAAUUUUAGUACCCACUGAUAAACAU